AUGGCAUCUUCAUCUGCUGCGGCUCAUCUAUGGAAGUAUGAUGUGUUCCUUAGUUUUAGAGGCAAGGAUACACGCAAUAACUUUACCAGCCAUCUUUAUGAUGCUUUGUGUCGUAAGAAAAUCAAGACCUUCAUUGAUGAUGGGCUUGAAAGAGGAGAAGAAAUUACCCCUGCGCUCUUGAAAACUAUUGAAGAAUCAAGAAUUUCUGUAGUAAUUUUCUCAAAAGACUAUGCAUCUUCUUCAUGGUGUGUGGAUGAACUGGUGAAAAUACUAGAAUGCAAACAGAGUUAUGAGCAGAUUGUUUUACCAGUCUUUUAUCAUGUAGACCCGUCUGAUGUUAAUGAACAGACGGGUAGUUUUGGGAAUGCAUUUUCUGAACUUGAAAAAAAAUUUAAGGGGAAGAUGGACAAGGUGCCAAGGUGGAGGACUGAACUGACAAAUGCAGCCAAUAUAUCUGGAUGGGAUUCGCAGGUCACUAGUCCAGAGUCCAAACUCGUAAGAGAAGUUGUGGAAACAAUUUGGAAAAAGUUGAAUCGUGCAUCCCCAAGUGAAUUAAGAGGUCUGGGAACUGGAAAAGUUGAAGGGAUAUUCUUUGAUGUUUCAAAAAUAAGAGAAAUGGAGUUGAGUUCUAGAGCCUUUGCAAGGAUGUAUAAUCUUAGGCUGCUAAAAUUUACAAUUCUGAAGUUGAAAGGAAAUGUAUAUUUUUGUCCAGAGAACCUUGUUGAACUUAACCUAUCAUCUAGCAAGGUUAAGCAGCUGUGGAAAGGAGACCAGAAUCUCGGCAAUUUAAAAGAUGUCAACCUCAGCAAUUGUAAGAGCAUAACUUUCAUGCCAGACCUUUCAAAGGCCAGAAACCUUGAGAGGUUGAAUCUUCAAUUUUGUACAAGUUUGGUUAAGGUUCCUUUAUCCAUUCAGCAUCUAGACAAGCUUAUUGAUUUGGAUUUGAGACACUGCACAAGUCUUAUCAGUCUUCCCAGUAAAAUUAAUUCAAGACGUCUGAUGACUCUUAACCUUUCUGGUUGUUCAAAUCUCAAGAUGUGCCCAGAGGUCGCAAGGAAACUGACGUAUUUAAAUUUAACUGAGACUUCUAUACAAGAGCUUCCCCAAUCAAUUGGGGAUCUUAGUGAACUUGUUGCAUUGAAUUUGAAUAACUGCAAGCGCCUUGGGAAUCUUCCAGAAAACAUAUUUUUGAUGAAAUCACUUCUUGUUGCUGACAUCUCUGGCUGCUCAUCGAUCAGCAGGUUUCCAGACUUUUCAAGGAAUGUGAGAUACUUGUACUUGCAUGGAACUGCAAUAGAAGAAAUUCCCUCUUCAAUUGAUGGUCUAAGGGAACUAAUUUCUUUGGAUCUAAGUGGCUGCAACCGGCUAAAGAAUCUUCCUAGUACAAUUUCUAAGUUGGGAUGCCUUGAAAAACUUGAUCUUUCUGGUUGCUCAAGUAUCGCCGAGUUUCCGAAGGUUUCAAGGAAUAUUAGGGAGCUGUAUUUAGAUGGGACGGCAAUAAGAGAAAUUCCCUCAUCAAUAGAGUGUUUGUCUGAACUUGCUGAAUUGCACCUACGAAAUUGCACAAACUUUGAGUUUCUACCUAGCAGUAUCUGUAAGUUGAAAAAUCUGCAAAGGCUUAAUCUCUCAGGUUGCAACCAACUUAAGAAUUUUCCUGAAGUUUUGGAGCCAAUGGAACGUUUGAGAUAUCUCUUUUUAGACCAUACACGUAUAAGAAAGUUGCCUUCACCGAUUGGAAAUCUGAUGGGACUGACUUGCUUGGAAGUGGGAGACUGCUUAUUUCUAAGGGGUAUCGAAUGUUUUGACUUGCAAUUGCCUGAGAUGGACAUGGAUUUAAAAUUUUUGCGUCAGCUAACUGUAUGUCGCAGUGGGAUAUCGGAAUUGCCUGACGGUCUUGGCUGUUUAUCUUCGCUGGAAGUGUUAGAUCUAAGUGGAAACCCUUUUCGCACUAUACCUAUAAGCAUCAAUAAACUUUUUGAGCUGCAAUAUCUAGGCUUAAGGAAUUGCAGGAGGCUUGAAUCGUUACCAGAGCUUCCACCACGGCUAGUAAAGUUAGAUGCACACAAUUGCCCGGCCUUGAGGCGAGUAUCAAGUUCAUCAACUGUAGUUGAGGGAAACAUUUUUGAAUUCAUUUUCACUGAUUGUCAGUGCUUGCUUGAGACCGAAAGCCAGAAAACCUUGGCAGACUCCUUAUUGAAAUUUCAACUUUAUACCAAAAGGCAAUACGAUCAGGUGCCUGAUGCUCCGGCAGGGGCAUCUAUUUCCUGCUUCCCUGGUUGGGUAACUCCGAUGUGGUUUAGACAUCAAAGUUGGGGAUCUGCAGAAACAAUUCAGCUACCUUCGCAUGGGCUGAUAGUGAGUUCUCGGGUUUCACUUUAUGUGCUGUUAUUGGAUUUGAAAGAGUUAAACUCAGUUUGCAAGUUAAAUGCACAUACCAUUUCCGCAAUAAGCAUGGCGAUUGCCAUGAUCUCUAUAGCUGUCUCCAUUGCUGUGAAUACACUGAAGUCUCCAUUGAAUUCCAACCCGAAGAUUUGGUCGGCAAUCUCUUACAUUGUUGCCAAAUUGUUGAGUGUGGGCGGCGCCAUGUUCGAUCUACUUAUGCUUUUCGGGCUCGGGAUCAAGAUAGCUUGGAAUCAUGGUUCAAAGCCAAGAGAGGUGGCUUUAUGA